UGGGGCGGGGCGGCCCGGCAAGGGGCGGGGCGGCCGGGGAAGCCUGAUGAAGGCCUGCGCGUGCGGCGCGUCCUGAAGAGGCACGCGGGGGACCUGCAGGGCUAGUGAGGGGCGGGGCAGGCGGCGCGGUGGGGGCGGGCCGAGCCCAGAGGCCAGAUGAGCGGACACAGCCCCACGCGCGGGGCCAUGCAGGUAGGUGGCUCCCGACGGCCCCACUAGAAUUUCGAUCCCAGACCGGGUCCGGCGCCCUUCCGGGCCCAAGCUUAGCGCGGUGCUGCAGUGGGGCCGCCCGACCCAAAGCGAAACCGAAAGCUCCGCGGAGGGUGACCUGACGACUUUCCCGGGAUUGGAAGGGGGAGUCCUGCGAGAGACUGGGUGGCCAUAAACUGUAAGGCCCGCCAAGAGGCGGUGCAGACUGCGGCUAAGGAACUCCUCAAGUUCGUGAACCGGAGUCCCUCUCCUUUCCACGCUGUGGCUGAAUGCCGCAACCGCCUUCUCCAGGCUGGCUUCAGUGAACUCAAGGAGACUGAGAAAUGGAAUAUUAAGCCCGAGAGCAAGUACUUCAUGACCAGGAACUCCUCCACCAUCAUAGCUUUUGCUGUAGGGGGCCAGUACGUUCCUGGCAAUGGCUUCAGCCUCAUCGGGGCCCACACGGACAGCCCCUGCCUCCGGGUGAAACGUAGGUCUCGCCGCAGCCAGGUGGGCUUCCAGCAAGUCGGUGUGGAGACCUAUGGUGGUGGGAUCUGGAGCACCUGGUUUGACCGUGACCUGACUCUGGCUGGACGCGUCAUUGUCAAGUGCCCUACCUCAGGUCGGCUGGAGCAGCGGCUCGUGCACGUGGAGCGGCCCAUUCUUCGCAUCCCACACCUGGCCAUCCAUCUGCAGCGAAAUAUCAACGAGAACUUUGGGCCCAACACAGAGAUGCACCUAGUCCCCAUUCUUGCCACAGCCAUCCAGGAGGAGCUGGAGAAGGGGACUCCUGAGCCAGGGCCUCUCAAUGCUGUGGAUGAGCGGCACCAUUCGGUCCUCAUGUCCCUGCUCUGUGCCCAUCUGGGGCUGAGCCCCAAGGACAUAGUGGAGAUGGAGCUCUGCCUUGCAGACACCCAGCCUGCGGUCUUGGGUGGUGCCUAUGAUGAGUUCAUCUUUGCUCCUCGGCUGGACAAUCUGCACAGCUGCUUCUGUGCCCUGCAGGCCUUGAUAGAUUCCUGUGCAGGCCCUGGCUCCCUGGCCACGGAGCCUCACGUGCGCAUGAUCACACUCUAUGACAACGAAGAGGUGGGGUCUGAGAGUGCACAGGGAGCACAGUCACUGCUGACAGAGCUGGUGCUGCGGCGGAUCUCAGCCUCGUGCCAGCACCCAACGGCCUUCGAGGAAGCCAUACCCAAGUCCUUCAUGAUCAGUGCAGACAUGGCCCAUGCUGUGCAUCCCAACUACCUGGACAAGCAUGAGGAGAACCACCGGCCCUUAUUCCACAAGGGCCCCGUGAUCAAGGUGAACAGCAAGCAACGCUAUGCCUCAAACGCAGUGUCAGAGGCCCUGAUCCGAGAGGUGGCCAACAAAGUCAAGGUUCCCCUGCAGGAUCUCAUGGUCCGGAAUGACACCCCCUGUGGAACCACCAUUGGACCUAUCUUGGCUUCUCGGCUGGGGCUGCGGGUGCUGGAUUUAGGCAGCCCCCAACUGGCCAUGCACUCUAUCCGGGAGAUGGCCUGCACCACAGGAGUCCUCCAGACCCUCACCCUCUUCAAGGGCUUCUUUGAGCUGUUCCCUUCUCUAAGCCAUAAUCUCUUAGUGGAUUGAGCCCUCCUGGAAAGACUUCUCUGCCAUCCCUUUGCACCUGAGAGGGGAAGUUCUCAGCUGAGCUGAAGCUGGAUUAUUAAAGUGGAUUUUCACUCAGACUCUCCGUGCUAUGCUUAUUUGGAGACUAGAGGAGUGGGAGUUGAGCCUGGCUUGAACCUUUGGAACCAGAACAGUUGGGGAGCAGGUGAAGGAGGCCACACUCCUGGGAGCUGAUGGUUUUAAAUCUGGUUUUAAAUCUC